AUGGCGCAGCUCUCACAAGACGAGAUACUCAACACUGGAGAUCCCGAAAACGAGCCACAUAUUCCAUCCAUUCGUCAAAACAUGUCGAAAGCCAACGAAUCUUUUUUCCAAAGCAAGCUGACCCCGAGUAACCUUGCGAAGGUUGCAACGACCAAGAAAUUCACCCCAGGGCGUCGAGUCGCCCCUGUGGACAAGCGCGAGGAUGCAGACGCUCAACUGCGUAUAGCUGCUGGUGAGAAAGUCGGCGACAAGCAGAACUUCGUCCUUCAAGUCAACUCGCAGGCAACGAACACCGCCCUGAAAAAGUUCGUGGCCCAAAAUGGUCGUGGUACGCACGGCAAACUCGCCACUGCCUCCUUCGACACGAAGGCCCCGGAUCCAGAGGCAGAAGCGGAGAGGAUGGUGGAAGAAAUGAAGGAGGAAGCGAAGAGCAAGCUUGGGUAG